CCUUCAUUCUCUACUUUCACUGCUGCGAGCUUCACGGAGAUGCCAAUGGCGGCGACGGAGGCCGGGUCCGGGAAGCCGCGGCUUGUCAUCACCGAGAUGGUGCUGCGGAACUUCAAGUCCUACGCCGGGGAGCAGCGGAUCGGCCCUUUCCACAAGAGCUUUUCGGCAGUUGUUGGUCCGAAUGGCAGCGGAAAAAGCAAUGUUAUUGAUGCAAUGCUCUUUGUGUUUGGGAAGCGUGCGAAACAGAUGCGACUGAACAAAGUGUCUGAGUUAAUACACAAUUCUAGCAAUCACCAGAACUUGGAAAGUGCAGGAGUUUCAGUUUACUUCCAAGAGAUCAUUGAUAAGGAGGAUGGAACUAUUGAACCUGUUGAGGGUAGUGAUUUUGUUAUCACUAGAGUUGCCUUCAGGGACAAUUCUUCAAAGUACUAUAUCAAUGACCGUGGAAGUAAUUUCACUGAGGUCACAAAGAAAUUGAAGGGGAAAGGUGUAGAUCUGGACAACAAUCGGUUUCUUAUUCUUCAGGGUGAAGUUGAGCAGAUUUCACUAAUGAAACCCAAAGCCCAAGGACCACAUGAUGAAGGGUUUUUAGAAUACCUUGAAGAUAUUAUUGGAACAGAUCAAUAUGUAGAAAAAAUUGAGGAAGCAUACAAACAGCUUGAGAUCCUGAAUGAAAAGCGCUCUGGUGUAGUGCAAAUGGUUAAACUGUCUGAAAAGGAAAGGGACAGCUUGGAGAGUAUUAAAAAUGAAGCGGAAGCUUAUAUGUUGAAAGAAUUGAUUCUAUUGAAAUGGCAAGAGAAAGCAGCAAACUUGGCAUCUGAUGAUGCUACUUCUCAUGUUAUUGAGUUGCAAGACAGCAUUUCAAAUCUUGAAGGAGAUCUUUCAAACAAAAGAGAGAAAAUUCAGCAAAAUUCUGAAACUCUGAAGGAACUUGAGGCUGUGCACCAGACAUACUUGAAACAACAUGAGGAACUUGACACUGAUCUGAGAACAUGCAAGGAGCAAUUUAAAGAGUUUGAGAGGCAGGAUGUGAAAUACCGUGAAGAUUUCAAGCACCUGAAGCAAAAAAUCAAGAAGUUGGAAGACAAGCUUGAGAAGGACUCAACCAAAAUUGAUGAAGUUAGUAAAGAGAAUGAGGCGUCAUCAAAUCUGAUUCCAAAGCUUGAGGAAGAAUUACCAAAACUUCAACAACUCCUCCUCGAUGAGGAGAAAAUCUUGGAGCAAAUUCAAGAGAGUUCUCGAGAUGAAACAGAGAGGUAUCAUGCUGAGCUUGUUAAAGUUCGAGAAGAGUUAGAACCUUGGGAAACUCAACUGAUUGAACACAAAGGAAAACUUGAUGUUGCAGUUGCUGAAAGUAAUAUGUUGAAGGAGAAGCAUAAUGCUAGUCGAGCAGCUUAUGAUGAUGCACAACAACAGAUGAAGGAUAUAAUGGACAAACUAAAAAAUAAGCAUGAAGAUGUGUCUGGAAUUCAAACUAAAUUGGAGAAAAAUAAAUUUGAAUCAUUGGAAGCCCAUAAGUUGGAACAGGAAUGUGUGAAGAAGCAAGAGUCUCUCCUCCCUCUUGAACAGGCAGCUAGACAAAAAGUGGUAGAAUUUAAGUCUAUGAUGGAAUCAGAAAAGAGUCAAGGAGCUGUCUUAAAGGCCAUACUGCAAGCUAAAGAAUCAAAGGAAAUAGAUGGAAUUUAUGGUCGGCUGGGGGAUCUUGGUGCAAUUGAUGCCAAAUAUGAUGUUGCCAUAUCUACUGCAUGUGCUGGACUUGAUUACAUUGUGGUUGAGACUACAGCUUCUGCCCAAGCAUGUGUUGAGUUACUUAGAAGGAAGAAUCUUGGUGUUGCAACUUUCAUGAUACUGGAAAAACAAUUAGAUCAUAAACAUAAGAUGAAGGAGAAAGUUAUAACUCCUGAAGGUGUUCCCCGCCUAUUUGAUCUGGUCACCAUGAAGGAUGAACAGUUGAAGUUAGCAUUUUUUGCUGCAUUAGGGAACACAGUUGUGGCAAAAGACCUUGAUCAGGCUACUAGGAUUGCGUAUGGCAGGGACAAAGAAUUCCGCCGAGUGGUAACUUUGGAUGGUUCACUCUUUGAGAAAUCAGGUACAAUGAGUGGCGGUGGGAGCAAACCGCGUGGUGGUAAGAUGGGCACAUCAAUCAGGGCAAGUGUUUCAGCAGAAGCUAUUGCCAAUGCUGAGAAAGAGCUUACUGACUUGGUUGAUGAGCUGGCUACAUUGCGCCAAAAGAUUGCUGAUGCUUCAAGACGUAGUCAAGCGUACAAAAAAGAGGAAGCCUGUUUUGAAAUGGAAUUAGCCAAAAGCCAGAAGGAGAUAGACAGCCUGAGUGCACAGUACAGUUACAUAGAAAAGCAACUGGGUUCUUUGAAGACUGCCUCACAACCGAAAACUGAUGAGGUGAACAGGUUGAAGGAGCUUGAUCAAAUUAUGAUCACGGAAGAACAAGAACUUGAAAAACUCACUAGAUGUUCUGGCAAACUAAAAGAGAGAGCUUCUGAACUUCAAAAUAUGAUAGAAAAUGCUGGUGGUGAAAGAUUAAAAAGUCAAAAACUGAGAGUCACCAAAAUUCAAUCUGACAUAGAUAAAACUAGCACAGACAUCAACCGGCACAAAGUUAAGAUUGUCACUGGUCAGAAGGUGUUGAAGAAGCUGACUAAAGGAAUUGAAGAGUCAAAGAAGGAGAGGGAAAAGCUCAUGGAUGAGAAGGAGAAUAUGGCGGCCACUUUUAAAGAGAUAGAACAAAAGGCAUUCUUAGUUCAAGAAAAUUACAAGAAAACCCAAGAGCUUAUUGAUAAGCAUAAGGAUGUACUUGAUGAAACAAAAGGAGAAUAUUACAAACUAAAGAAAAUGAUGGAUGAACUGCGAGCUGCUGAGGUGGAUGCUGAUUACAAAUUGAAAGACAUGAAGAAGCUUACUAAGGACUGGGAAAUGAAAGGGAAGGCAUUCAGGAAAAGGGUUGAUGACAUACAUAUAAAUCUCAGUAACCAUAUGAACCAAAUUCGGAAAGAUGCAGUUGAUCCUGAAAAAGUUAAAGCUGCAUUGGAGGAUGACUCACUGAACAAUGUAUGUGACUUGAAAAGAGCAACAGAAAUGGUAGCAUUACUUGAGGCUCAGCUUAAAGACAUGAAUCCAAAUUUGGACGCAAUUGCAGAAUAUCAGAAAAAAUCACAUUCUUACACGGAGCGUGUGGAAGAACUCAAUGUGAUAACACAGGAGCGUGAUGAUCUAAAAAGGCAAUAUGAUGGGUGGAGGAAGAAAAGAUUGGAUGAGUUCAUGGCUGGAUUCAAUGUUAUAUCUCUAAAGCUGAAGGAAAUGUAUCAGAUGAUUACUCUUGGAGGUGAUGCAGAACUAGAACUUGUUGAUUCUUUGGAUCCUUUUUCUGAGGGGGUGGUUUUCAGUGUCAGGCCUCCGAAGAAGAGCUGGAAGAAUAUUGCCAACCUAUCUGGUGGAGAGAAGACACUGAGUUCUUUAGCCCUGGUAUUCGCACUCCAUCACUACAAGCCCACUCCACUCUAUGUGAUGGAUGAAAUAGAUGCUGCAUUGGACUUCAAGAAUGUUUCCAUUGUUGGUCACUAUGUGAAAGAUCGAACAAAAGACGCUCAGUUUAUAAUUAUUAGCUUGAGGAAUAAUAUGUUUGAACUGGCCGAUCGACUCGUUGGCAUCUACAAGACAGACAAUUGCACAAAGAGCAUCACUAUAAAUCCUGGGAGUUUUGUAUAGAUUGAUUCAGAUAAAGAUUGAUCAUGGAACAACGACAUGACGCUAAUUGUGAGUUGUCUAAUACUAAUCCAUCUUUUGAUGUCCGGUAGUAAACUUAAUUACCUGACAUUGUUGUGUAAAUGACUUAUUAUCAUAUUAUGAAAGGAUUGUAGAUACUUGUAAUGUGUAAUGGCUUUCUCA